AUGGGAGUUAGUGGUCGGCAUAAAGCCGAUGGAUCUCCUAGACACAUAAUUUCUAUUGGUAAGCCGAUCAGUGUUUGUUGCAAAUGGUAAUUGUAGAAUCCCAAAUUCUCGCCAUUUCAUGCGGUUUCAUUGCAUUGAUAGUUGCAUCCGCCAUCUUCGUAGCUAUCAGAAGGCAACGCGGGCGUCGUCUUUCUCGUGAUUGCUCGCCUCUGAUUAGUCAUGCGGCCCUGAAGCCGAAUUACCUGAAAGGGGAACGUUUGCCAGAUCGCAGUGCUUUUCCUAUCCAAAGUCCUGGGUCUGGGUCUUCCUCUUCUCCGCAAUGCACUCCGAUGACUCCGUAUUCCUCGUUUGUCACCCAAAACGUGCUAAUGGCUAACAAGGCCGAGACGGCCGAAGACUACAAUGAUCGUGGUUCCAUCUCACUUAACAUGAACUUUGACCAAACUUCGAACACACUUCAGGUUUGUGUAUUCACGAGCAACAAACGAUUUUUAUAAAUAAUUGCAGUUGUCAAUUCUGGCAUGUCAUAAUCUACCAAAUUUGACUAAUGAGCGUGGACAAUGCGCUCUUAAUCCUUACGUGAAACUACGCGUCCUUCCUGACAAUCACCAUCGAGUAAAGACCCGUGUUCUCAGAGGGACCCAGAACCCCUUCUACGACGAACAGUUUACACUUUACGGUUUAAAUGCGGAGAAAUUGGAGAGUUACACACUUCAUCUGGCCGUGCUGGGCUCGGAUCCAUACAGCCGGGAUACUGUAUUGGGAGAAGCAUUUUAUAAUCUACGAGACGCCAACUUCUCUGAAUCUUCAGAGAAAUUGAAUCUUGAUUUGAAAUUGAGUCCGAGACCAUGCUACAACGAUCUGCAUGCUGAGGUGCUGGUUUCGAUCUCUUACAAUUCCCAUUCAAAUAACUUAAAUGUUGCAAUCAUAAAGAUGAAGGAUCUCCCCGUUUUCAAUGGCAUGGGCCAAAUUGGUAAGUUAGAAUAUUUUUUAUUCUUAACCCCCUCCGCCCCGACUAUUUAUGAUUGCUUAUUACUUCCGCACUUUAGAUGCGUAUGCAAAGAUCUACCUGUUGUUGGAUGGCCAAAGAGUCGCAAAACAGAAGACCCAUGUCAAAAAGAAAAGCAAUGAGCCGGUAUUCAACGAAUCUUUCUCUUUCGAGAUUCCAUCUAUCAAUGGGGAAGCUGGGCAUCGUUUGAGGUCAGCGGAGGAGAUGCUUUCGUCUCUGUCACUCGAGGUGAUGGUCCUUAAUCAUGACGGGGUCACUCGGAAUGAGAUUGUUGGCCAAUGUUUCAUUGGACCCAGGUCCGAGCACUGGAAAGCUAUGAUCGAGGGGAACGGGCAACAAGUCGCGGAUUGGCAUAAGGUCAACCCUAUCUAA